AUGACACACGGUCAGAAUACUAAUCAACAGUUACGAGAAAUGAACGAGUCAAUAUUGACUCAUUUAUUCCUUCCAUAUCACCUACCUUCAUCGUCAGAUGCAGAUUUCUGUCUUCAAUCGAAUCACCGAUACGAAUAUGUGAUACUCGAAUGUAUGUCGAGGUUUUUAACGUCGUGUACAAUCGACAAUGAUCAGAUCAUCUCGCCUAUAAUCGAAACUUUAAUCACUUGUACACAACGAUGGCAUUUGCUACAGAAAAAUCUUUCAAUAACGAAUCUCAAAUCGACAUUUGAGCAAUUACACCCCGGUGAUUUCCUUCCACUAUAUUUUCAUGCCCAAAAUGCUGCCAUUCUGAUUGAGAUUGAUGAAAAUAAUAGUCAUCAACCGUCAAUAUCGUCUUGGCAAGUCUCGUUACCAACUGAGAAAAUUAGUUCGUCGCUGCAAUCACAUCAAGCUUGUUUUCCGGUGAAUGUUUACCGUCUUUCCGAGCGUUCUUGCCUCACUUCGACCGCUCAUUGUGAAUUACUACUCGACUUUAUGAAAAAUCCAAUUGAAUACUCGAAAUCCUACAAAAUCUCUCGUGACGUUCCUUUCUCUCAUUAUGUUACACAAUGGUACAUUCAACAAUUUCCAAACGUUACAUUAGAUAAUAGCUGCAAGCAUACGAUUGAAUUUACGAAGAAAUUUCGUGAUCAGAUUCGAUGGAACAAUGGUGCAUUACCUUUCCGACGUUCAGGUCUAUGGCUGACGACGAAAGUUGUAUUCGAAACGAUCUUAACAAAACGUUUAGGAAAACAUGGAAUUCUUGUUUACAAACUAUUGAUAACACAUUUUUUAACUGAUAUGAUUUACACCAAAGAGUCAUCGAUGGAUUUGCUUGUUCAUGCUAUACGAAAAAUUCUUCGUCGACUGAAUAAANCUCAACCAUGGUCGCUUGCAAUUGAACAUAUUCCGUUCCCGGUAUAUGAUAUGUUGUUAUCAUCAAAUCCUUUUCAGCUUGGAUUUCCGCUUGACGGUGACUUUUAA